AAGUAAAUGAAUUAUUAAUAUAUAAGUUGUUAUUGAUAUAAAAGUUGUGUUUUCUAUGUUUGUGUGUUUGAAAUGAUGAAACGUUUGGGAAGAUCUCAUAAACACAGCGACAAACCAACCGAAAAGCAAAGUGAAAAACAAUCGAUUAUUGAACAAUACUUUUCGCAACUGCCGGCCAACAAAGUGCCGCGAUUGGGAACGCCGGGCGAGAAAUACCGGGACCGACAGCUUAUCGUACAGCUGCCCAAACAGGACUUAGCUCUGGCUUAUUGUAAAUUCAUAGAACCCGACAAUUGGAAACUCUUUGAAGACUUCGUCAAUACUAGAAAUGAAUGCGCGCUCGACAUCGGCUUCAUUAAGAUUUGUUUGGAUAAAAUCGCCGAGUGCAAGAAUUGUAAAAAAUCGAUUGCAACGCAAGAGAUAGGAGUGGUUGCGCCCAAAUUUGGGGAACAGGUCUCGUGGCACCCGAACUGCUUUGUAUGCAAUGUCUGCGAAGAGCUUUUGGUUGACUUGACUUACUGUGCAAAAGAUGGUAAACUCUUUUGCGAACGACAUUACGCCGAAACACUCAAA